CGCCCGUCCGCAGCCCAAGUUCCAAGGAGUUAGCCGGGCGGCCCAGCGCCGCGCCCCCUUCCGCGUUCCGCCGUCGGCCGCACCUGAAGUCUCCGCCCCGCUGCCCGUCGCCCCGCGCCACGGCUCGAGCGCCCGGGGCGCAGCGCUGACGGCGGCCGGGGAGCGCGCCAUGCCCAGCAGGACUGGCCCCAAGAUGGACGGGAGCGGUGGCCGGGUCCGCCUGAAGGCGCACUACGGCGGGGACAUCCUGAUCACCAGCGUGGACGCUGCCACCACCUUUGACGAGCUCUGCGAGGAAGUGAGGGACAUGUGUCGCCUGUGCCCACAGCACCCGCUCACCCUCAAGUGGGUGGACAGCGAAGGUGACCCUUGCACCGUGUCUUCCCAGAUGGAGCUGGAGGAAGCUUUCCGCCUGGCCUGUCAACGCAGGGACGAGGGGCUCAUUAUUCACGUUUUCCCGAGCAUCCCAGAGCAACCAGGCAUGCCCUGUCCAGGAGAAGACAAAUCCAUCUACCGCCGGGGCGCCAGGAGAUGGAGGAAGCUGUACCGCGCCAACGGCCAUCUCUUCCAAGCCAAGCGCUUUAACAGGAGAGCGUACUGCGGCCAGUGCAGCGAAAGGAUAUGGGGCCUCGCGAGGCAGGGCUACAGGUGCGUCAGCUGCAGGCUGCUGGUCCAUAAGCGCUGCCACGUCCUCGUCCCAGCGACCUGCAGGAGGCAUAUGGAUUCUGUCAUGCCUUCCCAAGAACCUCCAGUAGAUGACAAGAACGGCGACGUGGACCUUCCUUCUGAGGAGACAGAUGGAAUUGCUUACAUUUCUUCAACCCGGAAGCAUGACAGCAUUAAAGAUGAUUCUGAGGACCUCAAGCCAGUUAUUGAUGGGAUGGAUGGGAUCAAAAUCUCUCAGGGGCUCGGGCUGCAGGACUUCGACCUGAUCAGAGUCAUUGGGCGUGGAAGCUACGCCAAGGUCCUCUUGGUGCGGCUAAAGAAGAAUGACCAGAUCUAUGCCAUGAAGGUGGUGAAGAAGGAGUUGGUCCACGAUGACGAGGACAUCGACUGGGUACAGACAGAGAAGCACGUGUUUGAGCAGGCAUCCAGCAACCCCUUCCUGGUCGGCUUACACUCCUGCUUCCAGACGACAAGUCGGUUGUUCCUGGUCAUAGAGUACGUCAAUGGGGGGGACCUCAUGUUCCACAUGCAGAGACAGAGGAAGCUGCCGGAGGAGCACGCCAGGUUCUAUGCUGCUGAGAUCUGUAUCGCUCUCAACUUCCUGCAUGAGAGAGGGAUCAUCUACCGGGACCUGAAGCUGGACAAUGUCCUCCUCGAUGCCGAUGGGCACAUCAAGCUGACAGACUACGGCAUGUGCAAGGAAGGCCUGGGCCCCGGUGAUACGACAAGCACCUUCUGUGGAACCCCAAACUACAUCGCCCCUGAAAUCCUGCGGGGAGAGGAAUAUGGGUUCAGCGUGGACUGGUGGGCACUGGGGGUCCUCAUGUUUGAGAUGAUGGCGGGACGCUCUCCGUUUGACAUCAUCACCGACAACCCAGACAUGAACACAGAAGACUACCUUUUCCAAGUCAUCCUGGAGAAGCCGAUCCGGAUCCCGCGAUUCCUCUCCGUCAAAGCCUCCCAUGUUUUAAAAGGAUUUUUGAAUAAGGACCCCAAAGAGAGGCUUGGCUGCCGGCCACAAACUGGAUUUUCUGACAUCAAGUCUCACGCCUUCUUCCGCAGCAUAGACUGGGAUCUGCUGGAGAAGAAGCAGGCCCUCCCUCCCUUUCAGCCGCAGAUAACCGACGACUAUGGACUGGACAACUUUGACACGCAGUUCACCAGCGAGCCCGUGCAGCUGACUCCCGAUGACGAGGACGUCAUCAAGAGAAUCGACCAGUCUGAGUUUGAAGGCUUUGAGUACAUCAACCCAUUACUGCUGUCCACCGAGGAGUCCGUGUGAGGGCAUGCGUCUGUGUCGUGGACGCACGUGACUGACCCUUUAACUUUACCCUUAACCACAGCAUAUGCAUGCCAGGCUGGGCACAGGCUCCAAGGGCAGCCUGGGAGGGACGCGUGCCUCUGAGGCCACAAAGGGAAGCGUCCAGCGGGCACUUCUCGGAGCAGAACAUUCUCUCGAAUCUGGGCCCGGACAGGCUGGCUUAGUGCUGGAGGAAUUUGCUGCCUGUGCCUGUGUCUCGGAGGACCCAAGGUGACCCUGUCAGAGGGCGCUGUCACACAGUUUUGAAGGUGCACAUUUUCGGCAGAAAACAGAACUCGAUGCACUGACCUGCUCCACCAGGAAAGUUAGCUUGUAAUGUCCCGAGGAAUAAAAUGUACCGGUGAUGUCGAAGCU